AUGGAGAACUGGAAGAGGAAAUCUAAGACUCAGCCAAAAAGGAAUCUAAGGUUUGUGGAAAGGAAAAUAUGGUAUGGCAAACUUGAAAAGAUCGCUUUAUGGAUUGAAGCAAUUCUCCGAGGCAGUGGACAAAGCGAGUUUGAUAAGUUUAUGCAAAGGCAGAAGAUAAGAAUAGUGGUCAAACGCAUAGUCCCGGAAUACUGUGAUUCUGAUUAUGCCCGCUUGGCAUUGGGCCAAAGCACAUUUGAAAACAGUACAACUUCUGUGAGAGAAAAGACAGGAAUGCUUUGCAUUGGUGGGAUUUCGCCAAAAGGCUGGCUUAAAUUGGAGAACCGCUUCACAGAUAAGAAAAACUUUUCAAAAGACAACAUUGAGAAGUUUCUUAACAGAAAACAACUUUAUCAACUUCUAUCUGCAACAUUGAUGGAUAAAGACAUACAAAUAUAUGAUGCUUAUAGAGGAACUGACGAAAUAAGCAAUAGGUUGUCUCGUAAAAAGAUUUUAGCCAUUCUUGAUGAUGUUGAUCAGGUGGAGCAAUUAGAGUUUUUGAUUGGAAAAAAGGAUGAACAUUGGUUUGGUAUCGGAAGUAGGAUCAUCAUAACAACAAGAGAUGAACAUCUGUUGAAAAAACAUGGAGCAGAUGAAAUAUACAGAGUUGAGGAGUUAAGUCAGGAUGAUGCCUUUAAACUCUUUUGCUCAAAGGCCUUCAAGAAUAAUCACACAAGGAGGAAUAUGUGGAGCUUUGUAACGAUUUUGGAAUGGAACAGCACAUUAGACAGACUAAAAGAAAUUCCAAAUGAAAUUCUGAGCAAGCUUCAAUUGAGCUAUGAUGUGCUUUGUGAAGGAUCAAAAAAAAUAUUCCUUGAUAUUGCAUGUUUCUUCAAAGGAAUGGAGAAAGAAUAUGUGAUAAAAGUACUAGAAAGCUGUGGAUUCUUCCCAGAAAGCGGAAUAGGAGAACUCAUCGAUAAAUCUCUCAUAACUAUACGAUGUGGACAUUUGUGGAUGCAUGAUUUGGUUCAAGAGAUGGGAAGAGAAAUCGUUCGUAAAGAAUCUCGCGAAGACCCAAGCCUACGUAGUAGAAUAUGGCUUGACAAGGAUCUCUAUCACGUUCAAGUAAAGGACAUGAAAACAGAACAAGUUAAGGCUAUAGUCCUGCAUUCUUGGAAACAAGAAGAGGAACACUUAAGUGCUAAAGUUUUCUCCAGAAAAGGGACUAUCAAUGUGGCAUUUACAUGGCUGAAAAGUUUUCUGCUUUCGUUUCUAAAAAUCCGCCCGCUGCUCAGGAUACAAGAAAUCUGCACAAACAUGGAUCAGUUACACAGAAUAUGCCACAAGAAAGGAAUUUAUCCAUACAGAUCACUUUCAUUCCUUGACUUCUCUAUGUACUUACCUGGAAGUGAAAUUCCCGACUGGUUCAACUAUCAGAGUUCCAACAGUCCGUUGAAAAUAUACCUGUCUUCAACUGAAAAAUGGUGGAACAUUGCAGGUUUUGUUGUUUGUAUUGUGCUAGCUGUAGAUGAGGAAACUACUUGUAAAUUUGCAGUUUAUAGUAAAAACAAGGCUGUUUGGGAGACCGCCUAUCUUCUCAAUGGAAGAUCAGACCAUCUUUACCUCUUCUUUAUUGCCAAUCCCUUGAUUGAUCCUUAUGAAGAAAAAAGUCCCACCAAGGUGAAGCUAACUUUCGAUGAAAUAGAAAUCAAAAAGUGUGGGAUACGCAUUGUACAUGAGAAAGAAAUAGAAGAAUUAAAUUUUGAAGAAAUAUAUAGUCCAAGCCACGAAGAAAGUUUUGACAGUGGAGAGGAAGUAAGUACAGAGUUGGAAUUCUGGUCAGAGGGAGAGGCAGAUGAUAUGGAGUUGGGAAUCUGCUGCUCAGAUAAAGAGGAAGAUCAUGUGGAGUGGGAAAUCAGCUGCUCAGGGAGAGACGAAGAUGACAUGGAGUGGGAAAUUGGCUCGCCAUUGCGAGAGUUUGAUUAG